ACUUUUUCUGGGAAAGUGCACCCCGCCGACAUUGGCCUCAAAAUGCCAAACACAACCACCGACGACGACACAGACGGCGGUCUACCCUCCACAACACUCCCUGCUCCACCACAGCCCCCGUCAAUACCACCUAACGAACUCGAUGUGCGCGUCGGCGACCCGCUAGAAGCGUCCCCAUGGUCAACCAUCGAGAGCGAUCCAGCGGUGUUCACGGAACUAGCAGCCAAGAUCGGCAUCAAAGGCGUGCAGGUGGAGGAGAUCUUUUCGAUGGAUGAGGGUUCUUUUGACGCGCUAGGACAAAUCUACGGCCUAAUCUUCCUCUUCCGAUGGCAAGACGCGGACACGGAGGAGAGCGCGAAGCAACCGGGCGAGAAGGAUGGGGACGGCUUGUUUUUUCUAAAUCAGGUGGUGGAAAACGCCUGUGCGACGCAGGCACUUGUUAGCAUCGCGCUGAACUGCUCCGACGUGCCCGGGAUCGACAUUGGGGAUGAGUUGCGACGGUUUAAGGAGUUUACGAGGGAUUUCUCGCCGGCUAUGAGAGGCCUAGCCCUAGUCAACAGCCACGCCCUCCGCACCGCUCACAACAGUUUUGCUCGCCAAACAGACCUCCCCGUUCUAAACUACCCCAUCCCCGAAAACCACACCCCAAAAAGCAAAAAACGAAAACAUGAAGAAGACGAGCAGGACCCGCCGUACCACUUCAUCUCGUAUCUGAUGUACAGGGGCAGUGUGUGGGAAGUGGAUGGGUUGAAGAGGUGGGCCAAGCGGUUGGGUGCGGUCGGGGAGGGGCAGGGGUGGGUGGGUGUUGCGUUGGGGGCAGUCAGGGAGCGGAUGAAGGGUUACGAAAACGACGCAGUGGAAUUCAACCUCAUGGCGGUGACCCACGACCGGCUGCUCACACUGACUGCCGAGCACGCCGAACAGACAAAAGUCGCGGAGGAGAUGCGCGCGCGGCUGGACUCGCUGCCUACCCUCAACGACGAGGAACGGGAGGCGAUGGUGUCGACGUUGAGGAUCGUGCUGGCGCAGUGUGAUGCGACGCAGCGGGGGAUCGAGGCGUUGAGGAGUGACCGGGAACGCAGUAAGGCAGAAAACAUCCGCCGCCGCUUCAAUUACGGACCGUUCAUCAAACGAUACCUGGAGCUGCUGCAUAAGAAGGAUUUGUUGGCGGGUGUGCUUGAAUCGUGAUGCGGUUCGUGAAAAACAAUCAGGAUACCACAAAGAGCAGCAUGGCGGGGGGUUUUUUUGGGAUGUUUUGCAGCGUGCAUGUUGGGAAUGGGACGGAGUUUGUGUGGGGUGGUGAGGGGGGAGAGACCCGCACGGCGUAAGUGCGAAAUGUUAGGCUGUUAGCGGGGCGAACAUAUGCGGACGUUAGGACGCAUCCUGCACAGGGCAUCUAAAGCAAGUGCUUCGUCUUUUAGAUAGAGGAGAGGUUGGAUGUACAGUAUAUAUACAAUGUGGAUCAAUCACAAGAAGGUA